AUGGAGCAUACGCAAAAAGACGACUUCAAGGCAGCCGCCAUCGCCGAAGAAGCUGGCGUCGUAGUCGGAGACUCCUUCCCCAUCGAUGCAGCGGCCGAGCGAUCGGUCGUGCGCAAGCUGGAUUUCCGACUGCUGCCGGCCCUCUCGCUCAUGUACUUCUUCAACUCCCUGGACCGCUCCAACCUGGGCAAUGCCAAAACCGACGGCCUCGAGGAUGAUCUUCACCUGAUCGGCAGCCAGUACAAUGUAAUCCUGGCCGUGUUCAACGUCACCUUCUGUCUGUUUGACCUCCCGUCCAACCUGCUACUGAAACGCUUCAGCGGCAAGGUGAUGCUGCCGUCGAUGAUGCUGGGAUGGGGCGCCAUCACAUUGCUGCAAUGCGCGGUGUAUAAUUUUGCGGGCUUGCUGGUCUGCCGCUUGAUCAUGGGUAUCUUUGAAGCGGGAUUCUUUGCCGGCGUCAUCUUCUACCUCACGCAGUUCUACAAACGCAACGAGAUUGCUUUCCGACUGAGCAUCUUCUACGGCAUGGUCACCAUCGCGGGUGCCUUUUCCGGCCUGAUCUCCUUUGGCGUCUUUCAGAUCAAGCACCACCUUCCUGGCUGGAAAUACCUCUUCCUCAUCGAAGGAAGCGCUACCAUCGUCAUCGCCUCAUUUUCGCUGUGGUGGCUGCCUGAGAGCGGCGCCAAAUGCCACUGGUUCAACGAGGCGGAAUCUCGCGCGGCCCAGAUGCGCCUGCUCCAGGACGGAUCGGUGCGAACAGGCGAGAAGCUCUCCAUCACCGAGGCCCUGGCAGCGCUGCGCGACUGGCGUGUGCUCGCCUGGGCGGUCAGCUGCUUCUGCUACGGCGUUGCCCAGAGUUCCGUCAGCAACUUCCUGCCCCAGAUGGUGGCUCUACUGGGGUAUUCCACCGUCAAGACCAACCUCUACACGGUGGCGCCGUACUGUGUCGGCACCGUCGUCCUGUGGAUCCUGUGCAAGUCGUCCGACCACUUCCGCGAGCGCUCGUUUCAUCUGGCGGGCUCCUUGAUGAUCACCUUCGUGGGAUACAUCAUCCUGAUUGCGGUGGACGCGUCCGAGCACCAGGGCGUGGCGUAUUUCGCGUGUUUCCUCCUGGCAUCCGGAGCCUUCGUGCCCAGUUCGGUGUUCCAUAGCUGGCAUACCAACAAUGUCACCGACGAGUCGCAGCGCGCCGCCACCGUAGGAUUCCUGGUGGGCGCGGCCAACUGCGCCGGCAUCCCGGCCAGCCUGGCAUUCCAGGCGAACACAGCGCCGCGAUACAAACCCGCGCUGAUUGUCAAUUGUGCCUUCCUGCUGUUCGGGGUGCUGGUGAUCCUGGCCAUGGGGGCGUACUUCCGCUAUGACAACCGACGUCGCGAUCGGGAGCAGGGGGUGAAGCUCACUGCGGCGGAUGUGUCGACCAAGUCGCUGGUGGGCGGCUGGAAGGAUCCCAACUGGCGGUGGACAGCCUGA